AUGUUUAAUCGCCAAGCAAGAUUUGCAUUGGAUGCUCUUCUUGGACUGCACUUUGACGAUAUUAGUGCUAAGUAUCAGAGAGAAUACUCAAGGAAGCUCCAGGAAAGACUGCAACAUGCAUACAAGAAGGCGAGGGGAACUGCGAUGUAUACUGCUACAAAACAAAUGAAUCUGUACGAUCUGAAAGCACAUGCAUCGAAGCUUCAACCUGGUAAUCUAGUGCUGGUCAGAAACGUCACCCAGAGAGGCAAGAGAAAGAUUACCGACCGUUGGGAGGAGCAACAGUAUGUGAAACUCUCCAAGCCAAAUGAAGACAUACCAGUGUUUGAUGUCAGGCGAGAUGUACCACACGCAAAGAAGAUUCGUCGUCUUUAUAGCAACUUGUUGCUUCCGUUGCGCUUUUCACGGGAAAUAAAAACUGAAAGAUGUGUCCGAAGAAACAUCUCUGGAACCACCGAAUGGCCAAGAUUGAACGUCUGUUAUGAAGAUAAGAUGAACAACGAAACAACACCGAGAGAUAGUGACUCAAAAUUGCACACAGACGACGCCAUUUCUGGUAUUGCGAAGAUGCAAAAAGUACCUGACGGUGGAUGGGGAUGGGUAGUAUGCGCGGCCUGCUUUUUCGUGCAUAUGCUGAUAGACGGUCUAUUUUACUCUUUUGGCGUCAUAUAUGUUGAACUGCUUGAGUAUUAUGGUUCAUCCAAAGGCAGUACAGCGUUGAUUGGAUCAUUGUGUCCAGGUGUAUUGUUUCUGAUUGGGCCGGUUGUGUCUAUGUUGGUGAGGAAGUUCGGCUGUAGAGCCGUUGCCGUUUCUGGUGCUCUGGUGGCGUCUGCCAGUCACAUUGCCAGCAUCUUUGCUCCAAAUAUGCAGUUUCUCUACUUCUCGCUUGGCGUCAUGACAGGUUUUGGAUAUGGGUUGAUUUAUCUUCCAUCGAUUGUGUGUGUUGUAAGUUACUUUGACAAUCGUCGAGCUCUUGCCACCGGAAUAGGGGUCAGCGGAACUGGAAUAGGAACGUUCAUUUUUAGCCCCAUUACUAGUCUACUUCUUCAGGAAUACGCCUGGCAAGGGGCAAUUUUAAUACAUGCUGGACUGCUCCUAAAUUGUGUCGCUUGUGGUCUUGUGUUCUUGCCUCUUGAGAAAAAAGAACCUGUUUAUGCGAUCAAGAGCAGGGUUGCUUUUUAUGCUGAAGAGGACGUCACAAUAAAGGUGCAAAAUGGUCGAGACGACUUAGAAAAUAGCCAUUUAGAAAAAGGGCAACGACACUAUGCAGGGUUUACCGUACCGCAAAAUGAUACCUCUUUAGAGAUCAUCUGUGGUCAUACGUCGAAUGAAUCUGAUCACACAAGUGCUACAUCACCAGAAAUCCAAGCCCCUUUAGCGCCCUAUGUCAUCAACGACAAUGUUCAUACCAGUGAACUAACCAGUACAGACCACCCAAGAUACGACAAUGGAAAAUCUACAUUUACAUGUGCUCGCUUAUCAUUAGGAUGUAUUGCAAGUUUAAAGGAACAUUUUGACUUUGAAAUAUUUAAAAUUGUGCCUUUCCAUUUAUUUAUGGUAUCAUCGUUCUUUUAUAGUCUCGGAUAUUAUGUUCCGUAUAUAUAUCUUCCGGACACUGCAAUAGACGUUGGUAUCGACGAGCUGGAUGCUGCGUGGCUUCUCUCAGUUGUUGGCAUUACCAACGCUAUUGCCCGUGUUCUGUUUGGCUUCCUUUCUGACCGGAAGUGGGUCAAUCGGUCCUUAUUAUAUAGCACGGCUUUAAUUAUUUGCGGCUGUUCGACAGUGGCAGCACCUUUUAUGAAGUCAUUCUGGUCUCUGGUCUUGUACUCGACCUUAUUUGGAGUGUUUAGUGGAAAGAGCGUAACAGUUUCGCUUACCUCUGUAUUGCUGACAGACAUUGUUGGUAUAAAGAAGCUGUCAGACGCUUUUGGAAUGUAUAGCUUUAUCUCAGGAAUAUCUAUGUUCGCCGGUCCACCGAUAGCAGGUUUGCUAUACGACAUCUCAGGAAGUUACAUGGUUCCCUACGUUGGAGCAGGCGUUACUAUAGCAGCGAGUGGCGUCAUUCUUCUUUUAAUUCCAUUGUUGGAUAAGAUAUAUAAAUCAUAG